AUGAAGAAAGAGGACUUUGAAAACUACUUUGAAAAUCUCAGUCAAGUCAUAACAAAUGUCCCCCCUGAAAAUAUCCUUAAUUAUGAUGAAACAAACUUGUCUGAUGAUCCUGGACAAGAGAAGCUCAUCUUCAAAAGGGGAAAGAAGUAUCCAGAACGAAUUCAAAAUUAUUCCAAAGGGGUAUCAGCAUUAUGUUUGCAGGAACUGCUGCUGGAGAAUUACUACCCAGCUAUGUUGUUUACAAAGCUGCCAAUCUGUGGAACACUUGGACAACUGGAGGACCACGCAGGACUCGGUACAAUCGCUCGAAAAGUGGAUGGUUUGAUACAAUAUGUUUUGAUGAUUGGUUUCGAUCCAUUAUUUUGCCAUGGGCUAGGAAAAUUGAAGGCCCAAAAGUAAUGAUAGGGGACAAUUUGUCAAGUCACUUUUCCAGUGAUGUAUUAGAUUUAUGCAAACAGGAGAAUAUUUCCUUUGUCUGCUUGGUGCCUAAUAGCACUCACCUUUCUCAACCCCUAGAUGUCGCUUUUUGUGGGCCACUAAAGCGUAAAAUCUUAAAAGAAUGGAAAUUACAGAACACAGGCCAAGCUACAUUACCUAAAGAUGCUUUUCCGAGGCUCUUAAAAGAGCUUGAAGAAUCUCUAAAUCUGAAAAACCUGGUUUCAGGUUUUAAAACCUGUGGAAUUUACCCUUUAAAUGCACAGGAAUUGCUGAGAAAAUUACCUAGUCAAUCGUUUCCUGAAGAUAUUAAUAACAGUGUUUCUAAUGUUCUUGAGCAAUUGAAAUCAAUGCGUGGUACAACAGAAAACAUCAAAGCACCUCGGAGGAAAAAGAUUGCUGUUGAACCUGGCAAGACUAUUUCUUCUUGAGACUUAGAAAGUAGUGACUCAGAAGAAAGUGAAGCAGAUUCCUCAGAAGAAAGUGAAGCAGAUUCCUCAGAAGAAGGAAAUAGCAUUUCAGAUCCAGAAAGGAGUGAUGAUGCAAAAGAAAUGGAAAUUGAAACAACUCCAGUUGGUGCCACUAGUCUGAAGGAAUUAACAUAUGAUAAUGUUUCCAUGGGACAGUGGGUGAAAGUGUUGUACGAAGACGAGGUAUUUUUAGGAAAAGUUCAGAGGAAAGUAAAUAACGAAUGUUAUGUCCAAUGUAUCUAA